CAAGCGAUCCAUAAGAUCUAUCCGAGAUUGACUUUCAAUAGUCAUCGAUCGACUGUUAUUCGGCCAACAACAAUGAAGAGAUCCCCCGCGAUAUUAGCGCUCGUUGCACUUUGCUUCGCUUCUCAAGCGUUUGCGAGGAAAGGAUUCGGCCCCGGGGAACAGGAAUGGGGAUACGUGAAAGUUCGACCCGCCUCGUACAUGUUCUGGUGGCUCUACUACACCACCAACGCCAACGUCUCCUCCUAUUACGAUAAACCGUUGAUCAUCUGGUUGCAAGGUGGGCCGGGAGCCUCGUCCACCUCGUACGGCAACUUCGAGGAACUCGGCCCCUUGGACGCCGAUCUGAGGCCGAGAAACUUCUCCUGGGUGAAAGACUACAAUAUCCUCUUCAUCGACAACCCGAUUGGUACAGGAUUCAGUUACGCCACGUUAUCGAGCGGAUUCGCGAAAACAAACGCGGAGAUCGCUCGCGAUCUCGUCGAAUGCAUGAAAGGUUUCCUGAAAGCUUUGCCUGGAUUCCAAGAUGUGCCCACGUACAUCACGACCGAAUCCUACGGAGGUAAAAUGGGUGCGGAAUUCGCUCUCCAAUGGUACAAGGCACAGAAAAGCAAAAUUAUCAAGAGCAACUUGAAAGGUGUCGCCCUCGGUGACGCUUGGAUCUCGCCCAUCGACUCGGUGUUGACUUGGGCGCCCUUCUUACUCGCCACGGGCAUGGUGGACACAGAGGGGUACAAGAAGAUCGACGAUGUGGCUCAAAAGACGAAAAAUGCCGUGGAAACGAAUAGUUGGAAGACAGCCACGAUGCUGUGGAUGAACGCGGAGGCAGUGGUCGCCGAAGUUACCGAUAAUAUCGAUUUCUAUAAUAUCUUAACGAGAAUGGAGGCUAGCGGCACGCGUUCCCUCGCGGAGAGAAUUCGAUCGAAACCGUUCCUUCGAGAAUACGCAACGUUCAACGAUGCCUCAUUGACCAGGCUUAUGAACGGACCCGUGAAGGAAGCUUUGCAACUUUCGAUUGUACACAGCGCUCAGUCGAAUAUGGUAUUCACCAAGUUGCAAGAGGAUUUCAUGAAACCUGUAAUCAAUAUAGUCGAGGAAUUAUUGAGCGAAACCGAUCUAAAAGUCGCGGUGAUCACCGGUCACAUGGAUCUCAUCGUUGACACUCCAGGGACUUUAAACUGGGUUGAGAAGAUGAAUUGGAAAAAUGCGAAUUUGUGGCACUACUCUCCCAGAUAUCCCAUAGUGGUGCAGGAGAUCAUAGAAGGUUAUGAGAAAUCAUACGACAAUUUCGCCAUGUACUGGGUGAACAGAGCCGGUCACAUGGUACCAAAGGACAAUCCAGCAGCAAUGGGAAGGAUACUGCAAAAAUUCACAGGACAAUAAAAUUGCGAAAUGGUGUUCAGUUUAAAUAAAUUCUUGUAAAGCAAAUAAGUGAAAAGAGCUACAUACAUAAAUUUAUACUUUAUCAUACAUCA